AUGAGUCCUCAUGCAGAUGUCGGGACAGCUAACGGCCAACAAAAAAGCCAGACCACGAUACCAUCAAGGCUUUACACGAUUGAUCAUCUACCCAGGGUGUCUAGCUUGGCAGACAUCUGCAGUCAGACUGUCAGCAAGAAGGGUUACCCAUUGGCUCAUGAAAUGCAAAAGAACAUCCCAAUCUACGAUCUGGCCAAACACGACUCGGACAAGACAGCUGCCAACAGCCUCCAAGAUGAAUGGUACGAAAUACUAGCCAACGGCCCUGGCGUAUUUGUGGUCCAGAACAUGUAUCAAGAUCAGUCAGUGCUUGAUGCAACCAACGAUGCCUUCCGCCAGAUCAUCGAACGCGAAAAAUCUAAAACCAAAGGUGACCACUUUGGUCAUGGCAAGAACGAACGCAUCUGGAACUCUUUCAGCAAACACUGUCUGCAAGACCCAGAGUCUUUCGUGCAAUAUUACUCCAAUCCUUGGCUGGCUCGAGUUUGCGAAGCUUGGUUGGGACAGCAAUAUCGAGUUACUGCCCAAACGAAUAUCGUCAAGCCUGGUGGAGCUGCUCAAGUCAGUCAUCGUGACUAUCAUCUAGGCUUCCAGACUGCGGAAGGCUGCUCCAGGUUUCCCAAAGGCAUGCAGUACGCGAGCCAGUUCUUGACCUUGCAAGGUGCUGUAGCGCAGAGCGACAUGCCACUGGAAAGUGGGCCUACACGAUUUCUUCCAUUUAGCCAGAAGCUCGAUUCGGGUUACAUGGCUUAUCGACAGCCUGAAUUCGAUCAAUACUUCAACGAGCACUGGGUUUCACUGCCGCUGAAGAAAGGCGAUGGUGUGUUCUUUAACCCAGCUCUGCAUCAUGCCGCUGGCAACAACACUUCCGACGUCGACAGAAGUGCGAAUCUUCUCCAGGUCAGUAGCGCAUUCGGAAAGCCAAUGGAGCAGAUAGACGCAAUACCUCUUGUCAAGGCAUGCUGGGCAGAGAUUCAGAAGCUCUACAAUGCAGAAGGUCUGUCCGAUCGUAUCCAAACUGUGAUUGCAGCCAUCGGCGAGGGCUAUCCGUUCCCAACGAAUCUUGACAACAGACCGCCUGCUCCUAGCGGUAUGGCUCCGAGCAACGAGCAAGAUAAAUUGCGAGAAGCGAUUGAAGCUGGCUGGGACACAGAUCAGGUGGUCGCAGCAUUGACGCAAAUGAGAAUUGACAGUCAGCCAUGA